GGCAGGGUCCGGAGGGUGGCCGAUUCAACACCAAGAAAUGUCCGAUUUCAAGGAUUUUGACGGUGAUGACAGUUUUGGGGGGGAUUAUGACUUCAACAUAAACGAGCUCUCUGGAAUAGACGAUAUAAUAUCAAACUGUGAGCAAGAACUAUUUGCUAAAGCAGACAAUCUCUUUUCCGACGAUGGACUUCUAUCCCAGUUGGAGAAUGAUCCACUUCAGCCGAUGGAGGAGGAUGUUUCAUAUGACUUUUUGAACUUGCCGAACAAUCUGGUAGAACCGAAAAGUGAUUCGUCCCAUGUCCGACAAAAUUCUGUUUCUUUAGAAGAACCAGUACCAGUCGCUCUAACUAGAGUAACGCAACUCACCAGAUUGGAAAACAGUUCUCCGAGUAUUGUCAACCAAGCUGUGAGAGUCGAGGCCUCAAAUCCAUCUCCUCCACAAGUUGUUCCGAAGAAUGUGAAAAACAGUGGAAAUGCGCAGAAAGUGAUUAUGCAACCUGCAGGUUAUGUUUUGCAACAACCUCAGCAGUAUAGGUCCAUUCAGCCAAACCCCGUACCACCGUCGGCUGCUCAGAUCCAUGCUGUCAAACCCUCGCAGCAAUCUCAACGUAAGAUAAAGACCGGAAAUAACGUUGUCACUGUGCAGAGUGUGGGGCAAAUCCACGUGCCGACGGAUCAAAUGAAGCAGAUGCUGGUUAAUGCACAACAGAUCAAGUUGCCGACAACUGUGAUGUAUACUCCAAUAGCUCCAAACAAACCCGCGGAAGGCAUUGCUGGUGCUCCAGUUCAUGCUGUCAAUGGAACUUUUGUCACCACGAGUAUUCCUGUUGUGUUAGAUCCAGAUAAGUUGCCCCUUAACUGCUUGAGUUCCGUCCCCGGCCAACCGAAACGUGAGCCGAAGCGCAGCGCUCACAAUGCGAUAGAGCGACGCUACAGAACCAGUAUCAAUGACAAGAUCAUUGAGUUGAAGGAUAUGGUUUGUGGAGCCGACUCAAAGCUCAACAAGUCGGCUAUCUUACGCAAAGCCAUAGAAUACAUAAGAUUUCUCCAAGCGUCCAACAUGAAAUUGAAACAGGAGAAUAUGGCUUUGAAGAUGAACGCGCAGAAACAAACACUGAGAGACCUGUUGAUGCCUGGAGGAGAGGAAGAAGUUCCGGGAGGAAUCACCCCUCCGCAUUCGGAUACGUUCUCUCCCCCCCACUCUGAAUCUUUCUCUCCCCCCCGCCACGACACUUUGUCUCCGCCAAGCUCGGAUCCUCCGUCUCCCCAGGACCAUGUUUAUGUUACUGACCAUCUGAAGGAGUCGGAAGGAGUGUUCCGAGGCAUGUUGGAUCACACGAGGAUGGUCCUCUGUAUGUUCAUGAUCUCCAUCGUCGUAGUCAACCCGUUCGGUCGUUUGCUGGAGACCAUCCCAGCCCCGAGCCAACAUCACUCUGCCAGCGUGCCUGGCCGAAGCAUACUCAACUUUGACAGUAGUGAUGGAGGCUUGUGGAGCUGGGCCGGAUCUUCUGUUGCUCUUUGGCUGUUGAACCUCCUCAUCCUAGCGUUUGGGCUGGUCAAGGUGUUUGUCUACGGAGAUCCCAUCUUGUACUCUGACAGCAAAGCCUCCACUCUGUUCUGGAGACAUCGCAAACAGGCUGACUUUGACCUGUCCAAGGGUGACAGUAGCGGAGCGUACAGAGAGUUAGUGACUUGUCUACAAGUGGUACAGUGCCCUCUGCCGGUCACCAGGGUGGAGGUCUGCAGUGCUCUGUUCUGGCAGUUGUUGCGACAAUUGCUGCACAGACUGUACAUUGGACGCUGGCUGUCUUCUUACACUGGUGGAAUAUUUGCGACUCCGUAUGUGAGGGGUGAGGCAGUGGCUACGUGUAAGCACUUGUCCCUGGUGUACCAUCGUCUGCACCAGCUACAUAUGGUGGAGGGGGGAGGGUGGGGGGCCGGAACGAUGUUGGCUGUGAUGGCUGUCAACCUGGCUGAGGCUGCAGGUUCCACCUCUACCAGUCAGCUGGCUCACUGCUAUGUCAUGCUCGCGCUGCAACUCAAACAGACGCUUCCUGCGCCACUGCAGUUCCUGGCAAGGUAUUAUUUGAGCAGUGGAAGGUCCUCCUACCAGAAACAACCAUGCAAUCAUCUUCAGUGGCUGAUGACUCCCUACGGAUAUAAGUUCUUCUUGAGUCAUCAUUGGAGCUACGGUCUGCCAAGGCCGACUCUCUUUACAUCUGUCACCGACCCUACAGACCCACAGUCUUUUGUAGCUAGAAUGUAUCGUGAACAUCUGAUAGAGAAAGCAUUGAAGGCGCUGGUGGCACCCAGUACCUCGACGGAAGGUCCCACCUCGGUUGAGGAGAGUUCCCUCAAACGUUCCCCGACUCCUGAAGUUCUCUGUUACCUCAAACUCUUGCAGGAUUGUCAUUGUUGUGAAAGGUCGUCAUGGUGGGUGGCUCUACUCCAGGCUGCCGCAGGAUGGCUUCAGUCCGAAGACUCUGCUGUAGAAACCUUACACCCCCGUAUAGAGUCGCCACCACAGCCUGAGCUGUUAAUUCGUACUGUGUUGGCCGCCUACCGUGUACGACGAGCUGCUACCACUACCACGUCACCCUCCGCAUUGCUGGAACUGUGUCACAAAGCCAGUCUGCUGCUGCAAGAAAGCCUCACAGUAGACGCUUGUCACAAACCAGACACUAAGGUUUUGUUGGCACAACUGCUGGUCUGUGAUUGGCUGUUGGAGACUCGCACUGCACUCUGGGAAGAUCAAGGAGGCAGUGCACAAGGUCCUGUAUCAGCUGAUCAGCUGUCAGGCUUCCAAGCAGAUCUGUCUUCUCUGUGUAGAAUUACUCAGGAAUUGCCACAAGAAUUGUCGAUCGGGUUGGCAAGAGUGUUCCUAUAUGAAGCAACAGUAAGGUUGAUGGCUGGCGCUGCGCCGGGUCGAACACAACAGCUGUUAGACCGUAGUCUUAGACAUCGGUCUACUCGGACCAACAUAAUCUGCGGCAAAGAAAAGUCACCAGCAGAGACAGGCGGAGAGCGAGAACAUGCAGCUGCGCUGUACCUGGCUUGUAGACAUCUUCCUACACCGCUGCUUGCGUCUCCGGGCGAACGAGCCGGAAUGUUACUGGACGCUGCUAAAACACUGGAGAAGAUCGGAGACAAGAAGAGACUACAGCAGUGUUACCAACUGAUGCAAUCGCUAGGUACCUCAGUGGGCACUAAUUAGAACAGUGCUACCAACACGAUGACUCGCAAGCAUUGCUGCCAUAUUGAAUAUGAAGUGUAUUUUGAUGAUAGCGUCAAUGAGAAUGUCGUGUAGACAGGGAUGAGGGAAGGUUGUGAAAAACGCGAGUCACUACUCUGGUAUUAAAUUAAUACAACGGCAAUUAAUCGUUAAGGUUGCUUUACAAAACUACAAAAGUAAACAAGGGAAGGGCUCUCGUGUAUAUGCACAUCCUAAUCGCCAUUCUGAUUGACGCAAUCUACACUACCUGUUAUAAAUAACAGCAUCCAUAGUUGAAACUGGUGUUGAUAACUGGGCCCAACCAGGUAGCAGUACUAUCAAAUUGGUCAGAGAAGCAAAACUUCAAAGAUAAAUUUUCUUUUAGGAUAAUCGGUCUCCUAAUGGCUCAAAUAUUUAUCCUAACUAAAAUUUGAAGAAAUAAAAUUUAAUUGUUGCUGUACUGCAAAAUCAGUCGGCUUAAAAUCUGAGGAUUUUCGGUUCGAUGUGGGUCAAUUCUGUUUACUGAUCAUUGGGCUAUUAAAUAAUGAUGCUACAUAACGAAUGGUCUAGAUGGUAAUAACCAACAAGAUCAGUAUUGGAACUGGUAAAAACACUUAAAAAAGGCCAACGGCUUUAAAAGAUACAAAAAGAAUUUUCCCUUAAAAAUUACAAUGUUAAAGUCACCUGUUUAACUGCUUAAUGCAAUUCCAAGGAAGUUAUCCAGUUUUUUAAAUCUCUUAAAAUCUCUUAAGUGUUUACUUAACUUUACCAAAAAGGCAAAGCUACCAAAGGACUUAUUGACUAACUUAGGUAACUAAGUACCUAAGAAAUAUGACAAAUACUUGCAGCUUUAAGUUAUUUUGCUUUGUAGUUUUAGCUGAUAGUUUAUUUUAGGAUAAGUAAUAGAUUUUAUCUGUAAUUAAUUGUAAAAUAUGUUUCAAAGAAAUAUUUUAUUUGCGUAUGUUAAUUUCUCUUGGAGUUUUUUCCUUACAACACUUAAAUAAAUAGUAUUUUAAGAAAAAGCCAAUUGGCUAAGGAAUAUUUUGAAGAGGAAACACAAAAUAUAACAAUGAUGUUUCGGUUAAGAGUUAAAGACUACCAGAAAAUGUAUGUUUCAUGUUAUUGAAGCUAUAGAAAGUUUAAAAAUCUUUAAAAGAAAGUAAUAUUCUGCAUUUAAGAAAACAAAACUGCAAUAAUUAUGUUUCUAGUACAAAUAACUUACAUAUCUUAGUUAUUGAUUAAUUUGUAUACUGUAUUUGCUUUAUCAAAAAGUAGGGUUUAAUCUCUAAAAUAUUGUUUGUAAAUACUAAAUACCAACAAUAAAAAAUAAUAUAAUUUAACUUGCAUUUAAUUGAAUAUAAAAACUACAUGGAGAAGUGGUUGACUGAAAGCAUCAUAAAAGGAAUUAGCAAUAUACAUAUUUACUAGAAAUAUUUAUUUACAUUAGGGUUAAGAAGACAAAUUAUUUUUGAUUACUAAUAAAUCUUGAACAAUUUGUGAUUUUAUUGUUAGUUCUUUUAACUCUCAGUUUUACAUUAAGUGUUCCUAUUAUAUAAUUUUAGGUAUAAUUUUAGUUCGAUUUGUGUGACUAGUUGUUACUUAAUUUGUACGCUUAAAAACAAUUUUACAUACAAUUUUAUAAUAAAA